AUGGCGUGUGGAUCAGUGGGUCCUCAGGGUCUUCUUCCACAACCACUUUCUUCUGCCAGAUUUGACAAUCUACCCUAUGUGGAAGGGCCCUGGUUCUGGUCCUGCGGUCAGACCAACAUAUCCUGCAGGAUGGUAAAUGGGAAGAUGGUAGAAGUGGGCAAGUGGCCAUGGCAAGUAAGCAUUCUUUUUCUGGGAAUGUACGUCUGCAGCGGUUCCCUCAUCCACCACCACUGGAUCCUCACCGCUGCACACUGCUUACAAAGAUCCAAGGACCCGGCUAACUACACCGUAAAGGUGGGUGUCCAGAACCUCCCAGAUAACAGCUCGGAGCUCAUGGUCACUAGGAUUGUGAUUCACGAGAACUUCAACAAUCACAUGUCUGACAACAUCGCCAUCCUGAAGCUCAAGUACUCUGUUGCCUGGUCCCCCCUCGUCCAGCCCAUCUGUCUCCCCACCAUCAAUUUCAAGCCAGCCGUUGGCACCAUGUGUUGGGUCAUCGGGUGGGGACAAGAAAAGACUAAAGGUGAGCCUAAGACCCCCUACAGUGUCCAGGGCUUGGCUGUCAGGAUCGUGAACAAUGAAAUCUGCAAUCAUCGGUACCAGUUCCUCCUGAUGCAGAACCAGAAGACGUUCAUUGGGAAUGACAUGCUGUGCACGAGCUCAGAAUGGGGUCUGGACACUUGUCAGGACACCUCCGGCAGCUCCCUGGUUUGCCAGAUGAACAAGACCUGGAUCCAGAUGGGGGUGGUGAGCUGGAACUUUGGCUGCGGCCGCCGCCAAUUCCCAAGCAUCUACACCAGCACCUCCCACUUCACCCAGUGGAUCAAGAGACAGAUCGGCGACCUGCGGUUUGCCAGUAUGGCUGUCCCUCCCUUCCUGAGCCCGUUCAUCCUCACUGGCUACAUCUUGCUGGUUUCCCUGGGCUCCCUGUGGCUCUUGUGA